UCAGACCCAAUUAUAACUGGGGGGUACUUUACGGAAAUGGGGCUCCAACAAUCCAACCCAUACAAUUGCGAAGAAAAAAAAAACAAGGAUGAACUAUUGAACAUAGCCCUGCCUCCUCCUUCCCUCUCUAUCUGAGUUCUCCAUUGAAGCGCACUCAACAUCGAAAACAAAAGGAUGCCUCUGGGAUUGUUACUUGGGCUUGGAAGGUCUAUGCGCAGGAAGCGUACAUCAUCACUUGAUAUCCUUUCUUCAAAGAGGGCGCCAAGGAAUUACUAUAAGGGAAAGAAUUGCAAGCCCACUGGAUUUCACACCCGCAAAGGUGGCUAUGUUGUGGUGCAAGAAAAGCUGCCCAACUACGUAGUUCCUGAUCUUACUGAUUUCAAGCUGAAGCCAUAUGUUUCUCAGUGCCCACUGAACGCCAAGACAACUGCUAAUACUGAUGUAUCAACAUAGAUUGGCAACACUAGAAUGAUCUAAACCUUCAAGUUGUUAAGCUGCUUCGCAAUCAAGAGUUACUGGAUAUAAUUUUCAGGCAAAGACGUCAAUGAAGCUGGAUGUAGAAUUGACUGUCUUGUUUGUUUAGCCAUCAUUCUUGGUUUAGAAAAACACAAAUUGUAUGAAAACUGAUGGUCUAAAGAGUUCCUGGUUUGGUAUUAGAGUGAAAACAUUUCAAAGUUUAUUAUCUAAUUUUUUAGGAUGUGUGCAAUAAGGUAUUCCAUCCAUUUAGAAUCAA